AUGUCAUCACCAGACCCCACGGACAUCGCAGCAAAGCGCGAAGCAGACUACAAGCGCUUCAAAAACUACGCAGCCUACACCUUCCUCAUCGGCGCCCCAAUCCUAGUCGCCCUCCCACCGCGCAAAAUAGACCCCCUCACGGUCCUAGUGCUAUGCUCCUUCGGCGCAUCAGCCAACCACAUCGUGGGCGACCGUACAGGCCGGAGUAUCGUCGACCGUAUCGAUUCCCGCAUCGCCGGGUUCUCGGGCGGAGUCUCCAGCAUGCCCAGUGAGCGCGCGCAAGAAAUCCAAGAGCGAUUACGCGCCUCGCGCGAUGCUCAAAUCCGAGAGGCGGAGGCGGAACUGCUCAAGGCGCAGGCCGAUGCGAAUGCGUCGGUGACGGUUAGUGAGGAGCUGGAGAAGCUGAGGGCUCGGCAGUUGCAAGAGAAGGGCGUGGUGCAGCGCGUUUGGAUGGGUGGGGAGGCUGAGGGGUGGAAGGAGAAGAGGUUGCGGAAGGAGCAGGAGGCUCUCAAUGAGGGCAAGGGGUAUGGCGAUUUGAUUCAGGAGCAUAUCUGGGAUGUUUGGACUUGGGGUGGGAAGGAUGGUGAGGGUGGAAAGGAUGUUAAGGAUGCGAAGGAGGGAUUGGAGGUUGAGAAGAAGGAAUGA